AUGAGUCGAAUGAGAAGGGAGUGAUAGAUAAUAUUUAGUUGAACGAAAUAUUCGUCUGUCUCGGUGAGGAAAGUUGGGCCAUGUUUCUCCUGUGGGUCGCUGUGGUCACCGCCUGUACGUGUGUCCAGUUCGUGGUCUCGCAGCCUGUGUCAGGUUGUCCUUCUUACGGCUGCACACCCACAGGGUCCUUCUCCCUUCUGACGCCAUCAGGAAUUCCAAGGUCAGGGUUCAAGGUCGUCUGGACAACACAGCUGUCAAAUUCAUCUGGGACCGGAAGUCGUCUUCUCGGCUGCGUCAGUAACGACAGACAUGUCGUCUGCCCGUCACAAUAUGGGUACGUGGGAAUUGACGCAGACACCGGGAGGGUGUUGUGGAAGGACUCCAGCUUGAUCAACCCCUCUCUUCCUAUAAUGGACAUCAGUGGUGACAUCAUCGGCAGCGACGGCAGAUACCUCACGAAGGUGGACGGUAAUGGCAAUGUGGAGAAGCCCGUUAUUCCACUGGAUCCUCUAAUGACACCAGUCUACAGCAUUGUGUUCGGAGAAGGGAACAUCUUGUUCAUUGUGUCUCAGACGGGGGAGCUGGUCGCCUACCUUGCAAACGGGAUCCCCUUGGCGUCCCUGGUGCUACGGGGAAACGUGGAGAGGUAUAACGGGACUUUUCACCCCAUCGCCCAGCCCAUUAUGAAAGGUAGCCGCGCUUACAUCCUCACUCAGUUCCAGCCCGACCCCCAAGACGCCACCAUACCCCAAGAAAAGUUGGGCACUCUAGCUAUGCAACGUCUGUACGCCAUGGACAUCUUGGAUCGCAUGGUGAAGCCUAUCGAUAUCGUCUGGUACUUGAACCUGGAACUAGAGGUCAAGGUCAACUACCGGGAACCAGUGAAAUCCAAGAAAUCGCCCCAGUAUGAACCGAAACAAACCAGUAAGGACAUAGAUGGUAGUAAACAGAGGCCAAUAGCCAGGAUCUCGCGUGAAGCAGUACACCCGAGGAACCCGGACAAAAUGAAUCAGUCUCGUCUAUCCAGAAACAAACAUGCCACACUAGAGCACGACACGAGAUUAAAGUAUAAGACGGCUGAUCGGGCAGAACGUAACUCCUUCGUGCUAGACAUGCUAAAACGAUCUAUAGCAAAGGGUGGCAAAAGCUUUAGGGAACCUACCAACAGUUUGCGUAAUCCAGCACAUCGACAUGACGUGUCUUCCGACGUACUUGAAAUGGUUCAGCACGAGUCUAUACAAUUCAUCGGUACAGGAAACACAAACAAGUAUCAAAACUCUGGUACUUCCCGUACAGGAAACACAAAGUCUGGUACUUCCGGUACGGGCGGUUACCAAAAGGACCGCCAUCCCCCCAGCAACAUUCGCCACCAAUGGUCUCAGCAGACAAGUGAACAGUCAAGUUUGAGCUACUUCUUUGGAACAGUGAUGGCCAGCGUGGCUCCCCCUAUCGGGAUCUGUGACAUGCUGACAUUGGAGGAACAUCGUCAGAGUUGCCUGGAAAGCUCAUUUUCCAGACUGGUAGGCAUUCAAGAUCUAGGAACCAACAUGAGUCUGUUAUACAGCAACAACUUCUCUCUAUCUCACAUGUCAGUCUAUGACUCAUCGUACGGCAGAAUGGGGCUGCACUCGUCCUGGAACACUUCUAUUAAGCAAGAAGACGCGGAUCCCAAACACGACAAAACACAAGCUACGCACACACAGCAACGGACCAGGCUUGGCGAGGGAAGUCUGGUGUGGGCUGUCACUCAGUUUGGGGACACCAUUAACGGAUUCGAUCAAAUCUCAAGCCAGGUCCAACAAAUCGCUAACGUUUCCCAAAUGCUGAACACCACAGUACAAGUGACGUCAAGGGUGAUGGUAGCCUUAGAUCCAAAAACGCACGCUGACCUCCUUCUGUUCGCCGUAAGACGGGUGAAUAAAACUGAGCCCCACUCUUCAUUCAAUGCCACGAAUUACCUAGUUGCCUUGGAUACAUCCUUUGGUGACGGAGAGGCAAACAUUAUGUGGACAUUUCCAGUUCCCUAUGAUUAUGAAGUUCAAGGUCAGAUUGCCGUGUUGGAAGUUCCAUGGGUGAAUAGUACCUCACCGCUUUUAGUCGCAACAGCCCAGGGCCCAGUCAGCCAGAUAGCAUUCGCAUUUAACUUCACCCAGACUCUGUGAAUAAACCAUUCCAAUCUGAUAUAACGAUCCGCCCAAGACCAAUUUCUUGAAGGUUAUGGCACCAUUUGAUGCUUUCGUCUAAUUUAUGAUGAAUGUCUCCCACUCGCUUCUUGAUUGAUACAUCCGGUGAAAUCUCACAGCAAACUGUGAACAAAUAGUUUUUAUAGAAAAAAAUAUCUUGGGAGACGUUUUCAAGAAUUGUAUGCUCUCUCAUCAUUUGGAGAAGAUACCCCCAGAUUAUCUUGUUCCCAAACUUACUUUGUUCAGUAUAGGUAAAAUCAAUUUAACGUAAUGAUACUGUAUUAUAAGUAUAUAUUUUCUGGUACGAUUAGAAAGGAUACUGCGAUAAGUUGACGGUGCCAAAUGAAGUGUGGAGCCGUGGUGUCGAUAAAAGAAUAUUUGUGAUUUCCAUUAACUUUUGUACAUGUGUAAUCAUUGAUACAUUGAUUUCUUUCCCUAAUAAACUACAUGUGUUGUCACAAAGGACCGAUUGGAGCAUUCGUGUUUUCAUGAACGGAUGGUCAAGUUAAACAGUUCAGUUAAUUUGGAUGAGCGUUUCAGAUUCUAACUUUGUGUUGUUGUUGUAUCUUACUUUAUGUUGUUGUUGUAUCUUACUUUGUGUUGUUGUUGUAUCUUACUUUGUGUUGUUGUAUCUUACUUUGUGUUGUAUCUUACUUUGUGUUGUUGUAUCUAACUUUGUGUUGUUGUUGUUGUUGAAAAUAGCUUCAUAAAUGUGGAUCAAUUUGAGCAGGAAUGGUUUUGAUGGGGAUGCGUAAUAUAUUAUGUAAGUGAAGAGCUUUGCGUCUGAAAAGAUAAUGAACCUCUAGUCUCAUUCAAACAAAUGACUGCAUAAGGGUUAUUACUAGCAUAGUAAAAACAAUAUUUGUGAGUUUCAUAAAAAUGUACUUAUGACAAUUCAUGUACUUAGAUAAAUUUUGACAUACAGCG